AUGGCCUCGCUAGCUGCUGCUCGCUCAGUAUUGACAAGGACUCCACAGAUCCACAAGAGGGUCUUUAUCUCUGCAUUUCAUUCCGCUCGCCAGAAUAGUGUGGCCCAGGGAGUAACGACGAGCGGGAGUCCAAAGUACCCCUAUAUUGCAGGCGGACCUGUCCUCCGAGGCACAGUCAAUGACCCCACACCAUUCCCAACACCGAACCGUAUGCAUGGCUCGCAUCAUUGGGCGUUUGAGCGCUUGCUCUCAGUCGCGCUAAUUCCCGCGACCGUUUCUGCUUUUGUCGUUUCUCCUACGGCGUACCCAGUCCUCGAUGGCGUGCUUGCUGUCGCCCUUGUCGUUCACUCUCAUAUUGGCUUUGACUCGAUGGUUGUGGACUACCUUCACCCCCGCAAGUUCGCCAUUUUGGGACCAAUCAUGAAAUGGACCUUGCGCCUGUUAACCACUGGAACCUUAAUAGGAGUUUAUCAAUUUAACACUGAAGAUGUUGGAUUGUCGGAGCUCGUUCGUCGCGUUUGGCACGCAUAA